AUGCAUUCUCCCACGUUUGUGGAGCAAUGGAGGUCGGAGAGCGGCGAAGGUCAGACAUCAGGAUACAAUCGCUCCAGACUCUUUCUCGUUGUCGCCUGCCUCGCUUUCCUCGGGGAAGCAGUUGGGAUAACUCACGAGAGCACGAAGCAUCUGAAAGACACUCUCUUGCAGGACUACGACUCCCUCGUUCCACCCAUUCCGAGCGAUGGGAAACCGGUCUCCGUCAAGCUGGGGCCAGUCGUCAUGAGCUUUCGCAGGGACGACCUGAAAGGCGAGGCGAUCUGGCACUUCUGGAUGGACUCGGUGAGUUCAGACACAUUCACCUCCCUUACAAAAGUCCAUCCGCCAGGAGGAUUUGGAAUCCGGUGGAACCUUAACGCACUUCCACCUGUUGAAGCUAUGCUCACCUGGUUAAAAAGGCACCCGGGGGAACAUCCACCUGCUCGAGAAAAACGCAUGCGGACGGCCAGGUGGAUUUCCAUUGGGUGGGAUGUUCACCUGGUUUCAAAUCCACCUCCCUUCUACCUGAAGUGGAACGACGAGCGAUUGGCUUGGGAACCCUCGGAUCACUCCAACAUCAGUGAACUGAGUUUGCCUUCCGAUAAAGUCUGGAUCCCCGACAUCACGCCUUAUAACGAGGUGAGCGAGGACGAGUUCGACUCGUCUCUGCAUCAGCAGCGGUCGUCCCACGCCGUGGUGCAUUCGAACGGGGAGGUUCACUUCGUGCCCAACCUCGUCUUCAGAACGUAUUGCGAGGGUGACCUCACCCAUUGGCCGUUGGAUCGGCAGGUGUGCGGCAUCAAGUUCGGUUCCUGGGUCUACGACGGGAACCACGUCAACCUCAGUCUCGAAGGGAGUCCCGAGGACGCCCUGGAUCUGUCUUCGUUUCGUGAGUCAACGCAUUGGACCGUGGUGGGCACGCCGAUUAUGACCCGAAACGAGAUUUACUAUUCUUGUUGCCCUGAACCCUAUAUCGACUUGCUGGCGAACAUUACCUUCUCCCGCAAGCCCUCUCUUUUCUACCACACUGCACUCUUCUUUCCUACCAUCAUGACAUUCAUGAGAAUCAUGAUGUGUCUCCAAGUGAUCGGACUCAUCUGGUCCCUCCUGACCCUCUUGAUCGCGAGCACCCACAACGGCGUCACGUCCAAAUUGGCCCAGUUGAGCCAGACCGCCUUGGGCAAGGUCUUCUGUCUCUUCACCGAGAUGCCUAAAGAGCUGACGGAAGGCGAGGGAAACGGGACUUCCGCCUGGACGGAGAUCUUGGUCUCGAAUUUCCUGGACAGACUUUGCUUUUACACCUUCCUUUGCACCAUCGCCUUCAAUUUUGCCGUCAAUUGGCCGCAUCGUCAGUUGAAGAUCCUGGAGAUGACGACUCGCGAUGUUCUGGACCUGGUCGUAGACACAUCUAGCAGGAAUUCUCUGAAGACGAAAAUCCUCUUCGCUCGAUUCAUCUCCGACAUCCGGGAGUCUUCCGGGCCGGACAAGCUCGGAUUGGAUGGGCCGCAGCCGGAUGCGCCGGACUAA